AUGAGUAACAAUUUUGAGCGUAUGAUGCAAGUUGUCAACGGAUACAAGAAACUUGCGGAAGAACAUAAUUGGAAAAAUUCAGAUCAAUCCAUAUUUCCAAUUUCCAAUAAAAAUAUAAAGAAAUUUAUGGAAUAUAAAGGAAAAACUUGUAGUGAAACGAGUAUUAAAUGGUACUGUGAUUUUCUAUAUAAGUAUGAAAUAGAUAUGUUGCCAAAUUCCGUGAGAGGCGCGAAGUCAAAUGUUGAUAUUGAUAAUAAUGAUAUGAAUGAAGAAAGAAGCAGCAACAAAAAGCAUGUCGACAACAACGAUAGCAACAGCAAAAAACGUAAUGAUACUCUAAAAACAAAAGAAACGAGUGAAUUAAUUGUAAUUGAAGAUAGUGAAACAUCUGUAGAAGAGGAGGAUCCAAUUGUUAUUCCAAGUGAUGAUGACGAUGCCACCGAUUUCGAUAAGUUGUCCAUUACUUAUAUCGAAGAUAGCAGUAAAGGAAAAAGUAAAGAAAAAGAAGCAGAAAGUGCACCACCAGCAUUUAAUUGCUCCUCAAAUAUGCAGACAAUAGCCAAUGCCGUAAAAGACCUUUCCGCUAAAGGAAAAGUUCCAUUAAAACGGAGUUUUAAAAAUUUUGAGACUUCGUCUUCUUCUAAAACAAGAUUUAAAGAAGUUUCUGGUAAUUUGAGUUUGCAUUCAAUUUGCUGGCGAGGGGAAAAAUGUGUUGAAAAAACAAAUCAAUCUUUUCAAACCAGGAUCAUUCAACAAGGCAAUUUAAUUUUGUUAAACACGGGGAUGAUGCCAACUUCAAAUUUCAAGGAUCGAUUCCUCUCAAGCCGUGCAACCAUUAAUUCGCUGCACGUAGGAAAAUGUCAUUAUCAUCCAGCUGGUUGCUUCAUAUUUGAUGAAACACAUCAUUUAGUUUUAACCAAGAUCAUGAUCGAUCACUGGGCGAAGCUUUGUGCUUCGGGCGAUGAUUGUGACGAAGAAAGACUUCCAAAAGCCGAAGAAUUGCGCGAAUUUUCUAUUGACUCUGCUCGCUAG